AUGGCGACUACCGAGCUGCCCAAGAAGUACAAGGCGGUAGUCUACGACAAGCCAGGAGCAAUCUCUACCAAGAUUGAGGAACUGGAUAUGCCUGAGCCAGGCGCAGGGGAGGUUCUCAUCAACCUGACACAUAGCGGAGUCUGUCACUCCGAUAUGGGCGUCAUGAUGAACGCUUGGAGCAUACUCCCCUUCCCAACGCAAGCAGGCCAAGUCGGUGGCCAUGAGGGAGUUGGCAAGAUCGUCAAGAUGGGACCGGGCACCGACAAUGCCGCCGUCAAGGUUGGUGACCGUGUCGGCAUCAAGUGGAUGGCUGGUGUCUGCGAGGCAUGUGAGGCUUGUCGAGCGGGAAUGGAUGCGCAUUGCUUCAGCGGCAAAAUAUCGGGUUACUACACCCCGGGUACAUUCCAACAGUACGUCCUCUCCCCCGCCAACUACGUGACCCCCAUUCCCGACGGCCUGGACUCGGCCGCCGCCGCACCGCUUCUCUGCGCAGGCUUGACUGUCUACGCGGCACUUCGCAAGGCAAACGUGGAAUCGGGGAAAUGGGUCAUCAUUUCAGGGGCUGGAGGCGGACUGGGACAUUUGGCAGUUCAAUUCAGCGCAAGAGCCAUUGGCCACCGCGUCAUCGGCAUCGACCAUUCGAGCAAAAAGGACAUUGUUCUUGAAUCCGGAGCGGAGCACUUCAUCCCCGUAGACGGUACAAAGGAUAUGGUGGAGGCGGUCAAGGCACUCACCAACGGACUCGGUGCGCAUGCUGCUAUUGUAUGCACGGCAAAUAAUAAUGCGUAUGCGCAAUCUGCGGAACUGCUGCGAUUUGAUGGACGGGUGGUAUGUGUUGGUAUUCCCGAGGGCGAGGCGAUCCCGAUAAAGAGUGCGUCCCCAGGACUAUUCGUGGGCAAGUCACUGCAGAUUAUGGGGUCUGCGGUGGGAAGUAGAAAGGAGGCGAUUGAGACGAUGGAUUUUGCGGCCAGGGGCAUUGUCAAGACGCACUAUCGGACGGAAAAGAUGGAGAAGUUGACAGAGGUGUUUCAGGAAAUGCAUGAGCAGAAGCUGCAGGGGCGUGUUGUUUUGGAACUGUAG